UCUGUGGUGCUACAUUAUGGCUUUGAAUAUAGAACAGGACUUGUGUGAGUGUGAAUGUCUACAGAAAGUGGACAAAACCCACACAAAAGAUACACAAUAUAAAGUUUACUUUAUUUGCAUACUGAAGUGUUCAGGUUGACUGCAGUCUGUCUUGGUGUGAUGUGUAUUCUUCAAGCAACUCUCAACAUCACCCUGAGACUACACUCUAGCCCUGAGCCUGAGACAGAACUGUUAAACAACAGUUAUUACAACUUGACUAUAGAAGAGCUACGGACCAUUUACGACAAACUGUUUAAAGAGAAUCAUCAGUUACACUUAUAUAUAAACCAUUUAAAGACCAGGUACACCAAAGUGUUUGAGAAGAGAAAUGAGUUGGAAACCAAUUACACCCGUUUGGUUAAGAAGAGAGACCAAUUUGAGAGGACAUUUCCUGAAUUGGUGGAUAUCAUCGGAUUGGGAUGGAAAUAUUUCAACUCCAAACUUUACUACAUUUCCAAUGAAAAGAAGAGUUGGUAUCAGAGCAGUCAGGACUGCAAAAAGAAUGGAGCAAAACUGGUGACCAUAAGCAGCCAAGAAGAAGAGGACUUCAUCAUUAAACUGAUGGGCAACAAAUCUCAGGCUUGGGCUUGGAAGGAAGUUUUAGCACACAAGACUGGGAGUGUUGUGCAACCAAAUAAUGAAACAAAUCAGGCUUUUACUGGAAAAACUAGAUUGAACAGCAUUCCUUGUGAUGAGAAAGAGUGGUGGGUCUGUGAGAAAACAGUUUUUGAGGGAUUGGGUGAGUGAGAAAAAAAGGGACAAGCUGUAUGGGAGAUCCACUUUAUUAAUUAUUUUUCUUUACUAAUAUUUCUGUUGGAUUUCUUAGUGCUUUAAUUCUGAUUAACUUAAAGUUUAUUAAAAUUGUUCAUGUUUAAUUAUUUAUUGUAUUUUAUUAAUCUGCAUAUAUUAUACAUUUGGCAAUCAUUCAGCUAUUUAUCAUGUAUGAUGAAAGACCAUUUAAGGGGGAUUCAAAUGAUAUUAACUGAUGAUAAGAUUUUGUAUUCAUUUCUUACCCAUGAACCAAUAUUAAUGCUGUAUUUUAUUUGUAAAAAGAAACAAGCAACAACAAAAAUAAAUCACUGACAGUAGGAGUUGCUCAGUCAAGUGAAAUCUCACAUCUGUCACAUCUGUGACAUCCACAGAUCUAAACUGUCACAUUCACGUUCAAAUAUCUUCACACAUUAUGCCAGUUUCUACCCACUAGAGGUCGCCCUCUCUAAUUACUCAUAUUAUUGUCAGUUAAUUUGUACUGUAUUGUCUUGUCAUGAAGGAGCAUACUGCAUGCAUUACAUUAAAUCUAUA